ACGGAUCAUAUUUUAUUUAAUUGUUCAAAUUUAUCCAUUUCGCUUUAUGAUUUGCUACCAUCAAAAGUUCCACGUCCAACAAAUAUAAAAUGUAUCUUGAGUAUGGAGAAUCCCAGCCCAUUCAAAAUUUUAGCAAAAUUCUUUGCAAUCAAUAAUAGUCUUAAUUUAUAAAUAUAUUUGUUUUCUAUAUACAUUCUAUUUGUAUUAUCUUUAACAAUGUAAUCAGAUAGACGCGCUCAGAGCUAUUUUUUUUAUUUUAUUGAAAUUCAAAAUUUUACAUAUUUUAUUAUUGUUUCUAUACGUGUAAAGACCACAAACGUGACAUUGGCGGAAUUGUGUAAAUGCAAAUAGGCCAUGAAUUAAAAAAGAAGAAGAAGAAGAUAUUAUUCCGUUUACAACUUGAACUGUCCAGCGAUCUGAUUUUAUGAGAAUGGAGAUUAUGACUACGUGACUACUUUUAGUCACCACUUUGUGUUAUAACAGUACAUUAUUGAAUGUCAUGGUGGCUUAGUUUCAAAAUGUCUAGUAGUAGUUCUUUGCUUUUUUCCAUCAAUAAUGAAGGCAAAGUGUAUGCUUUAUCAACCGGUGGAUCUUGCUGGAGAGAAUUUAUGUACCUCGGUUUAGAAUUUAAAACUUUAUCUGCAGUGCCUCAUUUCUUAUGGGCUGUCGGAGGUGACCGGCAAAUAUAUCUUCAUGUGCACGGUUUGGAAAUUCCUAUUCGGGUCAAAGAAGAAUCAUAUGAAAACGAGAGAUGGUUACCAUUAGAAGGAUUUAGCGGCCGACUGCUUCCUACAGAUAGAUAUCAUUUUUCGUCACAAGAUGGCACAAAGGACAGAUCUAUUGAUCGUAUACGUUUACCGUCCAUGGCGUGGCAGUGGGAAGGAGAUUGGCAGUUAGAAUUGACAUUAGAUGGACAGCCUCUUGACCACGAUGGCUGGAGCUAUGCAGUUGAUUUCCCUGCACAGUUUAGUCCAGUCAAGCAGUGGAAAUCUUGUGUUAGGAGGAGAAAAUGGAUAAGAUAUCGAAAAUUUAGUGCAAUGAAUUCAUGGUGUGCCAUUGCUCCUCUCCAUAAAGACCCAACCCAAGAGCCUUUUAUUGAUGUUAGUAUUGGUGGAAAUGAAAUCCCAUAUGCUCUUCCUGGAUCACUGUCAGUAUGGUCAAUAACAGCUCAUGGUAGAGUCAUGUACAGGUCUGGAGUGAGCACAACUUCACCUGAAGGCUUGAAAUGGAUAAAUGUUAGCAUUCCUCCAAACUGUGAUAUUAAACAGAUAUCUGUUGGUCCUACUGGUCUAGUCUGGGCUUUACUGUGGACUGGCCGAGCAAUUGUAAGAAAGGGUAUAACUAAAGAUUGUUCCACAGGUGAUGGUUGGCUUGAAGUGAAAUCACCUAAUGAAACAAGACUUUCUGUCAUAUCCGUGGGAUACAAUGCUGUAUGGGGUGUGAGUUCUGAUGCUAGAGUAUGGUUUAGAAAAGGCAUUGAUGGAAAUUUAGCAGGAUCUUCUGAAGCAGCUGCAAUGGGAAAUGGUUGGUUAGAAAUCACAGGUAACAUGAUUCAUAUUUCCAUUGGUAGAAAUGACCAAGUGUUUGCUAUUGGAGAAACAGAUAAAGCUAUUUAUUGGCGUAGUGGAAUAACACCUUCAGAGUUGACAGGAAAACGUUGGAGGAUGGUACAGGCCAAUAUGCAACUUAGCCGUACUUCAAGCUCAGCCAGUGUUAUAUCUUCCGCUUCCAAUCCUAAGCAUCACAGCUUAAAUACCCUUAGUGAAACAGGCCCUGAGCUUAAAUCCAAUAUUAAACUAAAUAAUUCUUGGGAAGAGUCCCAUUCUGCUCCCAUUGAACAUACUUUACCAGUAAAAUCUAUUAAAGAGAGACAUUCAAAAGGCAAUGCCCAUGUUGAACAUGUUGAUUUAACUGGCAAAAGCUAUGAAACUACACUAAAAAAUCCUCGUGCUUGGAGCCCAGUUCGUAGUGUUGGAUCAGUAGUUGGUAUGGAAGCCCAGCCUGAUAGUGAUAGCAGUGUAUUUGAUGUUGAUUCAGGUAUGUACUUUGAUGAGGAGAUUAGUCAAACGGCAUGGGGCACAUGUGAUACUACAUGGGUAUUUGUUGAUGCUGGUGCAUGCUGUGUAGACACUGUUCAGAUUCCACAUUGGUUUACUGAUAAUUACAAAUCCCAUAAUUUAGACUUGACUACUAAAUGGAGAAUUCAAAUUUUAGAGAGUCUAAAAAACCGAAAUCAAGGUUAUGAUGUAUCAAAUUAUGGUAUUGCAAUAGAAGAAAAAGGCUGGACACGCAGUUGUGAAUCGAGAUUGAUAAAUGCUAACAAUACUGGAGAAGAUUGUAUAUUAUCUCUUUAUUGGCAUGCCUUAGAAAAUAUAGGGACACUUUCAGUGUUUCAACCAGAUGGAACAAUAAAGUUUAUAUUGAAUUUAGGUGAAGUUACAAGCGUGUUUACUUCAUCUGAACCUGGAUGUCCAAGAAUAACACUGCUUGCUUCUAGACAACAUAAAGAUGGUAUCAAAAUUCAGUUUAUAUCUGAAAUGGAACAAGAAGAUUGGCUCUGUGUGCUAGUGGAUAUAACAUCACAAAUAAAUGGACUAUCUGGAAAGCCAUCUCCUAAUUCUUUAUGGGCAAUCACUAAUUCAGGAGAUAUAAUUAAUUGGGAUCCAAAAGCAGCACAAUUAAAUUCUGACAGUAAUGGUAUCUAUACCAAAGAAUUUCAAGUUUUUGGGAAAGAUAUUUUGUCUGGAUUCUCAACUAAUUUGAGUAGUAGUUUUCCACAUGGCAGUUUAUUAAAAGUUACAGGAAGUUUAAGUGAUGACAUUAAAAGAUUUCAUAUAAAUUUACAAGGACCAGAAAUAAAAAAACAAAGGCACAAAAUAGAGGUGGAAGUUUCAGAAAUUCCUUUACAUUUCAAUGUCAGAUUUGAUGAGUCAACAGUUGUGUGUAAUACCAAAAUAUUGGGUACUUGGGGAUGUGAAGAACGCCAUGAAUUACCACUUGCACCAGGACAAGAAUUUAGUAUUAAAAUUGUAUGUCAAGAACAGGGUUUUAAAAUAGUUGUUAAUGACAAGAGCUACUGUUUUUUUGAACAUAGGCUAAAUCCUGAAACUAUAACGACAGUAUCAGUAAAAGGAUCUUUGAAACUUUAUUCCAUGGAGUAUUAUACAACUAGCAUCAUUAUUGAUCCAGAGGAGAUGAUUUGGCGUGUUAUGGGUGGAUACUUACGCAAAGUUGAAUGCUGUCAUAAUGGCAUUGUUUGGGGAAUAAGUCAUGAUCACAGAGCUUGGGUAUACACUGGAGGAUGGGGAGGGGGUGUUUUAAAAGCAAUAAGUUCCAAGGAAGGCAUUAAUUCCAUGACAGAUACACAAACAUAUUGUGUAUAUGAAAACCAGAGAUGGAAUCCUCUCACAGGCUAUACAUCGACUGGUCUUCCUACAGAUCGCUAUAUGUGGAGUGAUAUAACAGGAAAGCAUAAGCGAACACGAGAACAUACUAAGUUACUUAGUCGUCAUUGGCAUUGGAUAUCUGAAUGGAUGACCGAUUAUAAUACUCCAGGUGGUGUAGACAAUGAUGGAUGGCAGUACGCAACAGACUUCCCAGCGCCGUAUCAUGGCAAAAAAUUGUUUACCGAUUGCGUUCGACGCAGACGUUGGUAUCGGAAAGCUCAAAUUAUCACGGAAGGUCCUUGGAUUCGUGCGGGGGGCACUGCUUUGUUGGACAUAUCUCUAUGGAACAAUGAUGAUGAAACUUUGGUUUGGGCUAUUACUCUGGGAGGUGAAGCGAUUUAUCGAACUGGUGUAACUACAAAUACUCCUGGGGGUGUCCACUGGGAACAUGUAAAUAGCUCUCAAUCAUUAAUUGCUAUAAGUACCUGCAAUUACUUAAUUUGGUCAGUGGGGCGAAAGGGGGAGCUGUAUUAUAGAGAGAAUUCAUGCAAAGAAAAUAUAGCAGGUUCAAGCUGGAAGUUAAUAGAAGCACCAAAAUAUAACACUUACAAUCAAAAAUCCGUUGGAGUCAAGACUGUAUCGCUGACUAAAAAUUUUGCCUGGGUAUUACUCUCAAAUGGUGUUCUCGCUGUUCGAACUGAUAUAAGCACAAGCCACCCCGAUGGAAAACAAUGGAAAUAUUUGUCAGGUACAAAACAAGUUUCAUUUUGACAAGUUAAGGAUUUUUGUAUCACUCUAAUACUUAUAUUGCCUCCUUUUUUAUGUAAAUCCUAAUUUUAGG